AUGCCUUCACCCCUAACAGGUCUUCCCGACGAGGUACUCCAGGUCGUUCUGUCGUACUUGCCACCCCUGAGCAAUAUCGCGUUGCAACAGACAUGUCGGCACUUUGCAGACAUAGCCAAUGAACCACUUCUGUGGAAAGACUACUGUCAGCAAACGUUCAAAUGGUGGGAUAGCCGCCACGCUUUCGAGCCCCGGCUGCGGGACACGCCUUUUACUGGGUGGAAAGAUCUUUUUGCGAAGCGCCACCGGACAUCGCGAACCACUCGAUACGCUGUCGACAAGAUCGUAGCCGAGGAACUUGGGCGCCUGGACUCGCUGAAGGUUGUCCUCGAGGCUGGCUACGAUGCUAAGCAGGACCUACUCGACAUGUACUGGAACGCCGCUUCCUCGCCGAAUUGCCUUGCUCAAAGAUACUGGAGCCAUGCAGCGCUUGGCUGUCUACAUCGGUUGAUGGCCGUACGAGAAUGGACAGCCAUCAAACAGCGAGACACCAUUACCUCGUAUGAGCGUUCUCUCAGUGCCUUCGAUCUCUUCAUCCUAGAAGAACAACUGGAAGGAGACAUGAGCGACAUUUUCGAGCGGCUGAGUUCAUACGCAGCUUCUGUCCGUCACGCGCAUCCCGACAUUGACGAACUAUCACCUCGCCAGAAGGCCGUUGUCAUUGCCGAGCAUCUCCGUGACAACCAGUGGAUAGGAAUACAUGGCAACAGACACUAUCACAGCCUCGACCACAUGUUCCUCGGCGUCGCUCUUUUCAGCAAGAACAGGAAUUCAGUGCCGCUGAUCUCAGCGAUUAUUUACUGCUACGUUGCCCGCCAAUUCAAUCUCCGCGCUGCUCCGUGCAGCUAUCCUUUCCAUGUCCAAGCCCUGGUGCAACCUCCCCCAGGGUUCGACCUAGAUGGCAACCAGCUAUUAGAAUCCUCGAACAACGCUCCCUCGAAGAACACCCACUUGUACAUGGACCCUUUCAACGACUCCGAACCCGUCUCGCUCUCCAAGCUGGAAGCUCAAUUGAAAUUCAUCACGCCGACUGCCAGCCCCGCCCAGACGGCAUCAUACCUCUCUGCCGCGUCGCCCCGGGAUCUCUCCAUCCGAGCCGCACACAACAUCCUCUCCUCUCCGUCUCACGACCCAGGUUUGCCCGUUCACCCCAUCAACCCUAAUCUAGCGACCUACGCCGCCCUGUUCUCCCUGGUCAUCCUUCCUUCACACCCACUUGACCACCCUGCACAGAUGCGCCAACACCUAGCCGUCUUGACACAACACUUCCUCGAGUACUUUGAUCUCGACAUACACCUUUUCGAAACCCACGUCCUACCGCUGGCGUACGCCCUUCCCGACUCGCGCGCCUACCGUAACCUCAUCUCGCAACUCAAAGACUCGGACCACGAAUCCCGCACUCCGAAAUAUCGCUCGGACGAGCGGAACGCCAUAGUAGAGUACAAGGUCGGUCAGGUCUUCCGGCACCGCCGGCGCGGAUAUCUUGCCGUAAUCUACGGCUGGGACCAUUACUGCCGCAUGCAAGAGCAGUGGAUCACCAUGAAUCAAGUCGACCGCCUGCCUCAGGGAAGGAAUCAGCCCUUCUACAAUGUCCUCGUCGAAGACGAGUCGACACGCUACGUUGCCCAGGAAAAUGUGGUCUUGUUGUCUGCAGAGGAGAUCACGGAGCAGCACGUCAAUGCAUUCCCCAUCGAGAUCGGAAAAUGGUUCAAGCGCUAUGACCCCGACACGGGAACUUUCGUGAGCAACGUGAAGGACGAGUACCCUGAAGGUUGA